UCUAUAAUUUUCUUUCAGACGAUUCAAGCAUAUGGAUUCUGUGAAGAGUUUGGGAACAUCUUUCCUGUACAGUAAUAUGAUGUAUGGCUUUGGUACUUAUCUGUCUGAGAAACUUGGAGGUCAUACAUGGGAGGAAUUGGUGGAAUCUGAAAUCUCCCAGUCCCUUGGAAUGACUUCAUCUACUUUUAUCACCACUGUGGCGGACGUAGAAAAUGUUGCACAAGGUUACGAUAAGGGUCCUCUAUCAAAAGGCUACUUUGUACCAGUGCUAUUAGCGUUUAGCAGGGAGUGGGGAUUAUGGGCGGGACCUGGUGCUAUAAUGUCCAAUGCUGAAGAUAUGACGAAAUGGAUGAAAUUCCAUUUGAACCGAGGCCUUGACAAAUAUGUCAUUCCAUUAAUGAGUCAGUCUUAUUUUGAUGCAUUACAUGCAGAACAUAUCGGUUUAUCCUACACCACAGUCAAUGAAUAUUUCAAAAAUCAGAUAGAGCCAACGGAGCAUACAGGAUACGGAUUGGGAUCUAAACUCGGAACAUAUAGAGGUAAUUCGUAGUGAUAUUUUCCGGAAUUGUUUCUCUGACUUUCAUGUGUAGAUGAUUACUUGUUCAUGUUUAUUGUCUUUUGUUGAUACUUGCUUUAUUGCCGGGUUAUCAUGCAGGCAUACCAUCAU